CUCUUGCAGGUUAAGGGGCUUUCAAGUGAAGAAUUUGCUGCACGUAAUGAUUUGGUGCUUGCAUUACCUGAUAGGAUAAAUGCAAUUCCCGAUGGUGCAGCAGCUGCACCCAAACAAUCAGGAGGAUGGGGAGGUUCAGGUUCUCGUGCAGAAAUUAAAUUUGAUUCAGAUGGACGUUUUGACAAUGAGUACUUUCAACAAACUGAAGAAUCAAGUCAAUUCCGACAAGAGUAUGAAAUGCGCAAAAUGAAACAGGACCAAGGUUUGGAGGUCAUAUCAGAAGGUCUGGAUACUUUGAAAAACAUGGCCAGUGAUAUGAAUGAGGAGUUGGAUAGGCAAGUCCCUCUGAUGGAUGAGAUUGACACUAAGAUCGACAAGGCUUCAUCUGACCUUAAGAACACAAAUGUUAGGCUUAAGGACACAGUUAACCAGCUGAGAUCUAGUCGAAACUUCUGCAUUGACAUCAUUUUACUGAUCAUAAUUCUCGGAAUUGCAGCCUAUUUGUAUAAUGUAUUGAAGAAGUAAGUUUUCGUCCGCGGGCAUUCCCACUUUUUUACUAAAAUGGAGGAUUUGAUUGGAUUUGGUUGUAGAAAUUUGUGUGCUUGUGUAUACACCUUGAUAAUUUGCUUCUUUUGUUCUGACUUCUAUUGUCGAGGCAUCAGACGUGUCUGGAUACUAUCUAUUCCUUUUCUUCUAGCAUUGGUUGCGAAAGACCUUA